AUGACAAAAGAAAAAUGGAAACAAUUCAAAAAUAAAAACAAUGAACUAUAUAAAAAAUGUUUCCUUAAUAAUAAGAAUAUUAAAAUUACAAAUAGAUCCAUGUUAGAUAAUGUAUGGGAUAAAAUAAGAGAAAUCAUUAUACAAUCAGCAAUAGAUCAUAUACCAUCAAAAUGGAUAACAAAUGAAAAAACUAACACCAGAGAAAAACCUACAUCAUUAAAAUUAAAUUAUAAAUACCUAAAAUCCAUUGAUGCUCCUUUUAAAAAAAUAAAACAUAAUAUAAUUGCAUCAACAUUAAGUUUAAUUGAAGAUUCUCCCUUUACAUUUGCACCUUCAGACAAAAGUAAAAUUCAAGGAGGCAUUUCACCCCUAAUAGACAUAUUUGGGCAAACAUACUUUCAAUAUAUCAAAGCAACAGACCUUUAUGAAGUUAUUGAAUCAAUUUUUGAAAUCAAGGCCAAAUCAAAAAAGGGAUUUCUUAAUAACUCUAUUCCCUCAAAUAUAGUUAGUUGUAGUAUAACACCAGAAGCACUACCUAUAAAUAUUAAACUAAUAAAUACUUAUAUAAAAAACAACAUUUGUAAAUCAAAAUUAAUAGAGUCUAGUGAACUGUAUAAGAACUCAAGAGAACUGGUUUUUUAUACAGAUGGCUCCCUCAAAGAUCUGGGUACACCAAAUACAAAAAUGGGUUUAGGCUGGUCCCAAAUAAAUGACAAUUAUGAAAAAUCAACUUUCUCAGCAUCAAUAACUAAUCUACCAUCAUCCACACGUGCAGAAAUUGCAGCAAUUUUAACAGCUUUACUAGUUUCUCCUAACAAUUGUCACGUAACCAUAUUCAGUGAUAGUGAAAAUACAAUACAAGGAUUUUGCAAAAUCAUGUCAAAAAAUGAACAUAUCACUUUCAGGAAACUCAUCAAGGAAAAAAAUUAUUUAAUGUGGUUUUUAAUUAAAGAUAUAAUAGAACAACUUAAUUUAAAAGUUUAUCUCAAAAAAGUUAAAGCUCAUAGUAAUAAUCUUCACAAUGAGGAGGCUGACAAAUUGGCAAAAACGGGCUUAAAAUCAGAACUCCUAAAUAUAAAUUAUGAAAAUAUCCCAUCUUUAAACUACCAACCAACCUUUGAUAAUAUAAGAAUUGAAACAUCUUUAAGACAUUUUAUAAAAAGAUGCACAGAAGCAAAAAAUUUUGAAACUUGGACCAAGAAAAAUAUAAACAAAAAAUACAAUGUUUCAAAAGAACUAAAUAUAAAUUGGCCAUUUACUUGGUCACUUCCUACAAUUGAAAUUUUAAAAGCAAGAAGACCUGACAUAUAUGAUGAAAAUUGGUUAUGUUGUGUUUGCAACAAUGAAAAGGAAAAUUUUAAUCAUAUCUGGUUAUGUUCCCAACAAAGAGAUAUCCUGAAAAACAUUAUCAACAACACAAUAAAACAAAUAUCCACUCAAAUGAAACAGUUAAACAAUAAUUUUAAUGAAGCUAUCCUUCGAGAAAAAGAUUAUUGGCAGAUAAACCAAAAUAACAACCAACUAAACAUUCUGGAUAUAAUCAAAGGCUUAGUCCCAAAUGAUUUAGUCAAAACUUUACUAAUCUAUGUAAACAAAGAAAAGAAAAUCCAAUCUAUUUUGACAGAAGCUCUAAAUACAAUGAAUAAUCUCAUAAGAGACCAAAUUUGGAAACAGCGUUGCUCUAAAACAGUUGAGAUAGAACUCCAAUUUG